CUGAGUGCAGGAUAGGCAGGUGAAGCGUCUCCCCGGAAACACAGCUAGAGCGCCCCACCUGCCCGGUCCUGCCUGCUGUGAUCGGAUCCAGCACGUCCAGGCUUCUCCUCCCCCCACCCCCAGGAACCAGUGGUGACAGCUUUGGCCAUGUGAGUGAGAUCCUGAAUGAGGCUUUAUCUCUGGCUGUUCAUCGUCCCAUCGUCCCAUCGUCCACAGUGGCACCAUCCGGGACAGGCACCUGGGAGAUCCAGAGCCAGAGAGGUGAUGGGAACCACGGCCUGGACUGCAAGAGGAACAGAAGUCUGGGCCUGUAACUGCCAAGCAGGUGGUCGGGGCACCAGGCCAUGAACUGCAUCCUCUGACCCUAACACUGUCCUUCUGCCCUGACUACUGCCUCAGCACACCAUGUCUGAACCGGGGGCUCAAGCCCCAGGGACCCAGGGGCUGCCUGCCGAUGUACUGGCAGAGCAAGUGGAGCUGUGGUGGUCCCAACAGCCACGGCGCUCGGCACUCUGCUUUGCCGUGGCCGUGGGCCUUGUGGCAGGCUGUGGGGCAGGCGGCGUGGUCCUACUGUCAUCCACUAGCAGCCGCUCAGGCGAGUGGCGCUUAGCAACCGGCACCGUGCUCUGUCUGCUGGCCCUGCUGGUUCUGGUGAAGCAGCUGAUGAGUUCAGCUGUGCAGGACAUGAACUGCAUACGUCAGGCCCACCAUGUUGCGUUGCUGCGCAGUGGUGGGGGAGCUGAUGCCCUUGUGGUGCUGCUCAGCGGCCUCGUGCUGCUGGUCACCGGCCUGACCCUGGCAGGGCUGGCCGCUGCCCCAGCCCCUGCUCAGCCCCUAGUUGCCAUGCUCUCUGUGGGCAUCACUCUGGCUGCCUUGGGCUCACUCUUGCUGCUGGGCUUACUGCUAUAUCAGGUGGGCGUGAGUGGAUACUGUAACUCCAUCUGUACAGCCACCCCCUCCACCCACAGUGGCCAUGGUGGCAAUGCCAGCAUCUUCAGCAUCUCAGGACAAUUGUCUACUGGCCAGCAUCAAGAGACCACAUCCAGCAUUGCCAACCUCAUCUGACAGAGCCAGAGCCCUUCCUACCACCUGCUGCACCCCCAGAAUUGCGUCAGGAUGUAUGUAGGUGGUGCAUAUGUGCAUACAUGAAUGUGUGGGUGGUGCAUAUGUAUGUGCAUGUGUGUGCUGCAUGGUGCCUGCCUACAUAGAUGGUGUGCUACUUGUGUGGUACAUAUGUACAUGCAUGUGUGUUCUGCAUAGUGCAUGCACGUGGUGCAUGUGUGCAUACAUGUGUCUGCGUGACACAUAUGUGCAAGUAUGUGUGCAAAGUGCAUGCAUGUGCAGGUGGUGUGGGCAUGGUGCAUUAUGUGCAUACAUGCACAGACAUUGAGUGUGUAUAUGUGCCCAGGGCUGUGUCAGCCCUCUGUAGGAUUUCGUGAUGCGUGAUUAAGAGACUGUGUGGGCUUGGCACCAGCCACAUAUACCAGAGUUGGCGGGUUCGAAUCCAGCCUGGACAACUACAAUGACAACUACAACCAAAAAAUAGCCGGGCGUUGUGGUGGCCACCUGUAGUCCCAGCUAUUUGUGAGGCUGAGGCCGGAGAAUCACUUAAGGUUGCUGUGAGCUGUGAUGCUAUGGCACCCAGGGCAACAGCUUGAGGCUCUGUCUCAAAAAAAAAAGACUGUGUGUUUCCACACAUUCACACCAUGGGAAGGUUAGCGUGUGCCUCUUGGAGUGGAGUAUUUGUGUCCAAGGAACUGCCUGUGUCUGGGAUCCCUAAAGAUUUUGACUUCUAUUUUCAGUACCCCUCAACCCUGUCUGGCAGCACCCACCAGCAGUUUCCACAGGGGUGACUGUUACCCACCCCAGAGACAGCAGCAGGGGCCCCUGAUUGAGGAGAGUGACUGGAGGCAAAGUGGAAAGAAAAGGGACUCUGAAACAGAACAGAUCUGGCAUGGCCUCCCCCCUUGGACAUUCACUGGGGCAAGUGACUUAGCGUCUGUAGCCUCAGUUGCUUGAGGUUCGAGAUUGUGUUCAUCAAUGUGAGGAUUAAAUGUAAAAUGUAUGGAAGGACUGGAUUCAUGGCAGACGUGCAAUAAAAUAGUGGCUGCUUCUGUCUCACCAUCUCACCUCAGAGACUCUCCCUUCCUGUGGACCUCAUACCCCACCUGUCCAAAGUGAGCUCUUUCUUAGCCUUAUAAACAGCACCAUGAAGGUCUCGCCAGCCAGGCCAGGCACUGGAGGGAAGAGGGUCAAGUGGACGCUCAGCUUUGGGAAGGAGGUAGCUUUGCAGUCCCAGGGAAAGGGUGCUGGGGACCUGAGUCUUUUGCAUUUGCUCACUUGCUGGUUCAGGAUGAGCUAUUAGAGCUGGUUUCUCUAGA